AUGUGGCCCUUCCUGAGCAAUGAUCUCUUCCCGCCCCCUACUGAAGCCUGGCUCCAGAAGGUCUCCUCAGAUCCUGAGGCCCAAGGUUGGGGGGCCUGGGGCAGGGCUGAAAAGACCCCUUUGGGGCCAGGAGCUGAGAGGAGAGUGGAGAGUGAGGAGGAAGCUGAGGAAAAUGGAGACGCAGGCUUCCUGCUGUCCAUGCUGAAGCAAGAAAACCUGGCCAAGUCUCCAGUAUACAACCAGGAGUUGGAGGCCAUCAAGCUGAAGCUGUGGGCCAUGGAGCAUGCUGAGACCCGACUGGAGCCAUCCUAUGUGCAAAGAAGGGUCACAGAGGAAGAGGGGGCUGAGGUCAGACAGCUGCUGAGCCCUGAGACCAUAGGCUACUUCUUCCCUGGGACCCCCAAGGAAAAGGUGGAGGCUGACCACAGAUCUGUCUAUGUGGGCAACGUGGAUUAUGGAGGCUCGGCUGCUGAGCUGGAGGCCUACUUCAGCCCCUGUGGGGAGAUUCACCGGGUCACCAUCCUGUGCGACAAGUUCUCUGGACACCCAAAGGGCUAUGCCUAUAUCGAGUUCGCUUCCCAGAGCUCUGUCCAGGCUGCUGUGGAUCUGGAUGAGAGCACCUUCCGAGGGCGGAUCAUCAAGGUACUUCCCAAAAGGACGAACUUCCCAGGAAUCAGCUCCACAGAUCGUGGUGGGCUGCGGACACACUUGGGCAGCAGGGCUCAGCCCUUCCUGCACAGCAGCCUCCAUCGAAGAUCUCGGUUCCGACCCCAUGGACAAAGCCGGGGCCGUGGACGCGUCUCACCAUGGUUCUCACCAUAUUGAAAAGAUGGCCCAGUUUUCAAAGUGGGGCCAGGAGCUGGGUCAGAAGUAAACAGCGGUCUUCCCACUUACUCCAAACUGGUCUUCA